GCAGCUUUUCCAGGCAUCUGCAGAUGAGGCGCAGGCGGGCGAGUUUGUUGUGAACCACGCAAAGCGGGAGGCGUUCUUGCAGUUUUUGGAGGGGCUGCACGACAGCCAUUGGGAGGAAAAGUUCCACUUCGUAGACCUGGAGAAGAAGAUCGGCAAUCAAAGCAAGAAGGCCGCGACGACUCUCGAUGCUCCAGCGGAAAACCCGAAGAAGCGGAAGAAGGAAGACACGCUGCAGCUUCACGACCCCGGUCUGUCCCUGGACUCUUCUCCGGUGGCUCUGCGGAAACAGGUAGAGAUACAAAGUUUUUUCAUUUUUGCAUCGAUCUACAAAAAACAAAAAGCCAAAGUGUCGACAUCGUUGUUUACUCAUUGUUUUAAGUAGGUAGAUACAGGUAGUAUACUUCAAGAUCGUGGUCUCUGUCACUGUCUAGCGGAAAACUGAUGCUUCGUGCCAAUUAACUGCUACAAGUACAACUGCAACUACAAUCAGGGCGCUCAGCAUCCGGAUGGUGCGACGGCC